UCAAAUCUCAUUUCCCAGCUUGUUUGAUAAGUUUAGAGCGUCAAGUCACAUACCUACGUCAAAAUCAAAAUAUUUUUAAUUGAGUUUAUAUUUUCAAGAUGUACGAUCAAACUCUCGAAGAUAUUUUGGAAAAACAUUUACCGGAUGCGGAAUUAAGAGAGGCAAGGAGAAUUUUGUAUGGCUGUGAAAAAACUGAAGAAAUAAAAUUACCACAACUUCCGGAAACAUCACAAUGCGAAGUAAAAGGAUGGAAAUUGGGAAAUCCGGUUUCAGAAAAUUUGAGGCCACCUCGAAUAGUUCGAGUUGGUUUAAUUCAAAAUUCAAUUGUUUUACCAACAACUUUACCAAUUAACGAACAAAGGGAUGCAAUUCACAAAAAAAUUAUUGGAUAUUUAGAACACGCAGCUGUUUGUAAAGCCAACAUUGUUUGUUUGCAAGAAGCUUGGACGAUGCCCUUUGCAUUUUGCACAAGAGAAAAAUAUCCCUGGUGUGAAUUUGCCGAAGAUGCUGAAGAAGGUCCAAGCACAUUGUUACUUUCAAAAUUCGCAAAAAAAAAUGGAAUGAUAAUAAUUUCCCCGAUUUUGGAACGCGACUCAAAAAAUGGUGAGACAAUCUGGAAUACUUGUGUCUUAAUUGGAACAGACGGUAAAGUAAUUGGAAAGCAUAGAAAAAAUCACAUUCCGCGAGUCGGAGAUUUUAACGAAUCGACUUAUUAUAUGGAGGGAAAUACAGGCCAUCCAGUUUUUGAAACCUGUUUUGGAAAAAUUGCAAUUAACAUUUGCUAUGGUCGUCAUCAUCCUCAAAAUUGGAUGAUGUUUGGCAUCAAUGGAGCCGAACUUGUUUUCAACCCGAGUGCAACAGUUGGAACUUUAUCAGAACCUCUUUGGUCGAUCGAAGCUCGAAAUGCAGCGAUUGCAAACAGUUAUUACACCUUUGCCAUAAAUCGUGUCGGAACUGAAACUUUCCCCAACGAAUUUACAUCCGGAGACGGAAAACCAGCCCACAAAGAUUUUGGCCAUUUUUAUGGAUCCAGUUAUGCAAGUGCUCCUGAUGGCUCCAGAACUCCAGGAUUAAGUCGAAACAAGGACGGAAUCCAACUUGUGGAAAUGGACCUAAAUCUUUGUCGCCAAGCUAAAGACAAAUGGGGAUUCAGGAUGACCCAAAGGCUAGAUUUGUACGCGAAGGAACUUGCCGAAGCAAGUAAAUUGGAUUACGAGCCGCAAAUCGUGCGACAGUGAU